UCACAACUCAGCUUCCGUUUUCUUCUCGGCUCCAGCCCCGCUCCGCCAUCACCGAGUCCCGGACGCACAACACCGAAUGGGAUCGGAGAAAAAGAAAAUGUCAAAAUCGGAGAUGAGAUCGACACCAACGUAAUGACAGCUUAUAGCGAUAAGCGGAGGGGACAAGUUUGCAAUUCAUGCUCCAGUAUUUUAUUAUUAUCUUCCCCUGCACCGCUAGCAUCCAAGCUAACGUUUAGCUCGAACUAACCACUGAUUUUCAUUGGGAAGAUCGCUCCGCUGUCGCCACCUCCGCUAGCCGGCUAGGCUACCCUCGGCUAUCCCGUUAAACUACCCCCAGCUAGCCUGCUAGGCUACCUUGUAGACGUCACUCCACUAGCCUGCUAAGCUACCUUGCAGCUAGCGGGCUGAUAAACGGACACAUAACGGAUGCUGCGCUGUGCUAGCCGGGGUAGCCAACCGAUAGAUAAUAGAUAAUCGAUCAUGGCGAGGACACUGAUUCAGAGCCAGGAUGGACGGACUGCGGCGGGUUGGUUUUGAAUAAACCUGAGAAAGACGAGGACAGAAGCCGCAGGGAGACCAGACUCUUCUCACCCAGGCCGGUUAGCUAGCCCCGGCUAGCUACAGUGGAUACCAUAAGCCACGGCGCUGGCAAUGCCCACGAGUGUCCGGGCUGGAAGCCUGAAGGACCCGGAGGUGGCGGAGCUCUUCUACAGAGACGACCCCGAGAAGCUGUUCACAGACCUCCGGGAGAUCGGCCAUGGGAGCUUCGGAGCCGUAUACUUUGCGCAUGACAUCCGCACCAAUGAGGUCGUGGCCAUCAAGAAGAUGUCCUAUAGCGGCAAGCAGUCCAACGAGAAAUGGCAGGACAUCAUAAAGGAGGUGAAGUUCCUUCAGAAGUUGAGACAUCCCAACACCGUGGAGUACCAUGGAUGUUACCUGAGGGAACACACUGCAUGGCUGGUGAUGGAAUACUGCCUUGGCUCUGCCUCCGAUCUGCUGGAAGUCCAUAAGAAGCCCCUACAGGAAGUGGAGAUUGCUGCCAUUACCCAUGGUGCAUUGCAGGGUCUGGUCUACCUGCACUCACACAACAUGAUUCACAGGGAUGUGAAGGCAGGUAACAUCUUGCUGACCGAGCCAGGUCAGGUGAAGCUUGGAGACUUUGGCUCCGCCUCCAUCUGCGCCCCGGCCAACUCCUUUGUGGGAACGCCUUACUGGAUGGCCCCGGAGGUGAUCCUGGCCAUGGACGAGGGCCAGUACGACGGCAAGGUGGACGUGUGGUCCCUAGGCAUCACGGCCAUAGAGCUAGCGGAGAGGAAGCCUCCGCUGUUCAACAUGAAUGCUAUGAGUGCCUUAUACCACAUAGCCCAGAACGAGAGCCCUAUCCUGCAGUCCAGCCACUGGUCCGAUUAUUUCCGGAACUUUGUGGACUCCUGCCUGCAGAAGAUCGCUCAGGACAGACCUACCUCUGAUGUGCUGCUCAAGCAUCACUUCUUGUGCAGGGAGCGUCCCGUUACCGCGGUGAUGGACCUGAUCACCCGGACCAAGGAGGCGGUGCGGGAGCUGGACAACCUGCAGUACCGCAAGAUGAAGAAGAUCCUGUUCCACGAGGUCCACAACGGGCCAGCACCCGAGGGGGCGGAGGAGGAGGAGGACGCGGAGCAGUACAUGCUGCGCACGGGGACGGUCAGCAGCAUGGAGAGCUCCCAUUCGCUGCCCAGCAUGUCAAUCAGCGCCAGCUCCCAGAGCAGCUCCGUCAACAGCCUGGCGGACGGGUCGGACGACAGCGGAGAGAUGGUCAUGAUGGGGGAGGGGGAGCACACCGUCACCUCCAACAGCUCCGUCCUGCACAAACCACUGAGCCAUGACAACAUCUACGAUGACCCCUACCAGCCGGAGUUGGACUCUCAGCGGGACGGCCUGUCCUUGGUGGGGGUCGUGGGAGGCGGGGGAGUCGGGGGAGGCGGUGGGGGCGGAGGGGGAGGUGGAGGAGGGGGCGGAGGAGGAGGGAGGCGGAGGCGAGGACGGGACCACUUCGCCACCAUCAGAACGGCCAGCCUGGUGACCCGGCAGAUCCAAGAACACGAGCAGGGGUCGGCUCUGAGGGAGCAGAUGUCAGGGUACAAGCGCAUGCGGCGGCAGCACCAGAAGCAGCUGAUGGGUCUGGAGAACAAGCUGAAGUCUGAGAUGGACGAGCACCAGCUGAGGCUGGACAAGGAGCUGGAGGGGCAGAGGGGCAGCUUCUCUGGGGAGGGGGACAAGCUGACCAAGAAGCACCACGCCAUCCUGGACAAGGAGAUGAAGGCUGCGCUGGCCGAGGAGAAGAAGUUCCAGCAGCACAUCCUGACCCAGCAGAAGAAGGAGCUCACCAGCCUCCUGGAGGCCCAGAAGAGGCAGUACCGCCAACGCAAGGACCAGCUCAAAGAGGAGCUGAACGAGAACCAGUCCACCCCGAAGCGGGAGAAGCAGGAGUGGCUGGUGCGGCAGAAGGAGUGUCUGCAGCAGAUGCAGGCGGAGGAGGAGGCGGGGCUGCUGCGGCGGCAGCGGCAGUACUACGAGCUGCAGUGCCGCCAGUACAAGAGGAAGAUGCUGCUGGCGCGGCACAACCUGGAGCAGGACCUGCUCAGAGAGGACCUGAACAAAAAGCAGACGCUGAAGGACCUGGAGUGCGCCAUGCUGCUGCGGCACCACGAGUCCACCCAGGAGGUGGAGUUCCGCCAGCUGGGGCUGGUGCAGCGCACGCGGGCCGAGCUGAUCCGCACGCAGCACCAGACGGAGCUCACCAACCAGAUGGAGUACAACAAGAGGCGGGAGCAGGAGCUGAGGCAGAAGCACGCCGUGGAGGUCCGGCAGCAGCCCAAGAGCCUGAAAUCCAAAGAGCUCCAGAUCAAGCGUCAGUUCCAGGACACGUGUAAGAUCCAGACGCGGCAAUACAAGGCCCUCAGGAACCACCUGCUGGAGACCACGCCCAAGGCCGACCACAAGGCCCUGCUCAAGAGGCUGAAGGAGGAGCAGACCCGCAAGCUGGCCAUCCUGGCGGAGCAGUACGACCACUCCAUCAACGACAUGCUCUCCACGCAGGCUCUGCGGUUGGACGAGACCCAGGAGGCCGAGUACCAGGUGCUGCGCAUGCAGCUGCAGCAGGAGCUGGAGCUGCUCAACGCCUACCAGAGCAAGAUCAAGAUGCACAGCGACUCCCAGCACGACCGCGAGGUGAAGGACCUGGAGCAGCGCGUGUCGCUACGGCGCGCGCUGCUGGAGCAGAGGAUCGAGGAGGAGAUGCUGUCCCUGCAGAACGAGCGCUCCGAGCGGAUCCGCUCCCUCCUGGAGCGCCAGGCGGGGGAGAUCGAGACCUUCGACUCGGAGAGCCUCCGGCUGGGCUUCAGCGGCAUGGCGCUGGGCUCCACCCCCGCGCCCCCCCACGCCUCGCGCUCCGGCGGCGGCCACUGGAGCCACGCCCCCCCGCCCCCGCACCACCUGCGGCGGGCCGGGGGCGGGGAGGUGAGGGGGGGCGCGGGUGAGCCGGCGGCGGUGGUGUCGUCCCUCAGCGUGGCGCUGGGCCUGGCCCGGGAGGGGCGGGAGCACCACCACUCGUCCCGCUCCUCCGCCUCCUCCUCCUCGUCCUCCUCCUCUUCCUCCUCCCAGCGGCAGUACUACCACCACCAGAGCACGCCGCAGCUCUACCGCGAGCGGCAGCGCGACCGCGAGCGCGAGCGGGACCGGGAGCGGGAGAGGGACCGGGAGAGGGAGAGGGAGUGGGUGGGAGGGGGGGGAGGGAGCGCGCUGGUCCACCCCCACCCUCACCCCUUCUCCCAGCACCUCCCCUCUCGCUCCUCCUCCCAGUCCCUGGCCAUGCUCCCCCCCCCUCCCCCCGCGCCGCCCUCCUCCUCCUCCUCCUCUUCCUCCUCCUCCCAGGGGGGCGUGUACGGGGGAGCGGGGGGGCUGGCCGUGCGGGGCGCCCCCAGCCUGAUGGCGCUGAGGAACAGCCCGCAGCCCCUGAGGAGGACGGCCUCUGGGGGGGGCCCGGGGGAGGGGGGGGGGCCCGACGGGGUCCUCAGCCGGAGCACCUCGGUGACGUCACACAUCUCCAACUCCCACCUGUCCUACUCCUAGACUGACAGACGGACAGACGGACAGACAGACGGACGGACGGACGGACGGACGAAUGACAGACGGACAGACGGACGGACGAAUGACACAAUGACGGACAGAAAGACAGACGGACGGACGGACGGACGGACGGACGGACGGACGGAAGAAUGACAGACGGACAGACGGACGUACGAAUGACACAAUGACGGACAGAAAGACGGACGGACGGACGGACGGACGGACGAAUGACACAACGACGGACAGAAAGACAGACAGACGGACGGAAAUGAUGAGGCUGACAAGGGACCGACAAAUGGCCGAAAUCUACUGACAGGUCGACCGACCGCCGGACAGAUUGACGGACAGGAGGACAGCGAGACAGAGGGGAGUGAGAGAGAGAGAGACUGAGGGUGAACAAAGGGUUCAGAGCCGGCCCCCAGGGCAGCACGUCCUCCGGUGAAACACACCGACUGCUUCCCGACGGCUCAGCUUCCUCUCUGAGGCCCCUGGCCCCGCCCCCUUUACGCGUGGCCUUGCCUCCUCCGCCUCCCUCCGUCUCCAAGACGACAGGACGGUGGUUUUAUGAGCUCUGAGGGGAGGGGGAGGAGCCAUCUUGUCUUCUGGACUCAGGACCGAGAGGUUGGGGUCAGGGGGCCGCGGUGCGUUCUAUUUAUUCUGCCUGUGUAACGUUGAGAUGUGGGGCAUGAGGGGUCGAGGGGUGAGGCGUUUAUUUCUGCUGGAGGCGCGGCCACCUCUCCUUGUAUGAUGUUCUGGUCGGAGCGGAGAGAGAGAGAAGUGCGAGCAUCCUGCUUUGUGUAUCCGUAUGUGUAUGUGAAGUCCCACUGGUUGUAGCCAGUUCUCAGACGGCCCUAACCCCGUUUCUAUUCAGUUACAAACAUUAUCUGUUGAUG